GUCAGGUUUACGUCGCCAACGCCUUCGUGGACCACCUUUCUUACCAUUCACCACAUCAAGUCCGCGCUUUAUGCAGGCGCAAAAUGGACGCCCAAGAUGCCCACGUAUAUCUUGCGAACCUGGCAAAUGCCACAUCUGAGCAAUUCCACAAAAUCCCAGGGUCCGCGAUUUUCCUGCGCUAUGUACAGUCAAGCUACCAGAACGACCCCGUCCGCUCCGCGGUCGAACUCUUCCUAGUCCUGUUUGCAAUUCGAUAUCUGCUUGCGCCGAAAUACUCUACGAAGCCGAACUAUGUCAAAUUAUCUGAGGAGGAAAUAGAUGACCUCGUCGAUGAAUGGACGCCAGAACCUUUGGUCUCAAAGUCGACGCCCUUCGAGGAAGCAGAACUUGAGAAGCGGCCAGUUAUUGUUGGCCCGAGCGGCCCUCGUGCCAAACUCGCGAAUGGCCGCACCGUGACGAACCUCGCUUCUUACAAUUUCUACAACUUUGUCUCGAAUGAAAACUUGAAAGAGCGGGCUAUACAGACCCUGAGAACUUACGGGGUGGGGCCGUGUGGGCCGCCGGGGUUCUAUGGCACGCAAGAUGUACACAUGAAGAUUGAGGCCGACAUUGCCGCUUUCUUGGGCACGACGGCGUGCAUCAUCUACGCGCAGGCGUUCUCGACGAUAUCAAGUGUCAUUCCAGCGUUCUCGAAGCGAGGCGACAUUAUUGUUGCGGACAAGGCGGUCAAUUAUGCUAUCCGAAAGGGCAUCCAGAUCUCUAGGAGUGCAGUGAGAUGGUAUGAACACAAUGACAUGGAGGACCUACAGAGGGUGCUGGCGAGGGUGACAAAAGAACAGGCGAAGAAGCCACUGACGAGACGGUUCAUUAUCACUGAGGGGUUGUUUGAGAAUGUGGGUGAUAUGGUUGAUUUGCCAAAGAUCAUUGAACUCAAGCUCAAGUACAAGUUCCGCCUGAUUCUGGACGAGACGUGGUCGUUUGGAGUUCUGGGACGGACUGGACGAGGCGUGACGGAGCAUCAGCAUGUGGACGCCGCCGAAGUUGAUAUGAUCGUUGGAUCUAUGGCAGGGUCACUGUCGGCUGCUGGUGGCUUCUGUGCUGGAUCAGACGAGGUCGUCGAGCAUCAGCGACUAUCAGCUGCUUCGUACACUUUCUCGGCAGCACUGCCGGCCAUGUCAGCAGUGACGGCCAGUGAGACACUAAUGAUGCUUCAGACGCAGCCGGAUUUGUUUAGUCAAUUGAAGGAGAAUAUCAAGGCAAUGUGGGCUCAGCUUGACCCUAGGAGUGACUGGAUACAUUGUACCAGCGCACCGGAGAAUCCGAUCAUGCUGUUGGUUUUGAAGCCGGAAGUUGUCUCAUCGCGCAGGCUGAAUGUUGAGGAUCAGCAGCAGAUACUGCAGGACACUGUCGAUGAGUGUCUCGCACAGAACGUUCUGAUCACGCGCGUCAAGAGUCUCCCUGCCGGCCCAUCAGGCGCAAAGACGGAUAUCUAUACGGCAGUCCCGGCUUUGAAGGUUUGUGUCACGAUAGGCCUGACGAAGAAGGAGAUCGAAAAGGCGGGCAUUACGAUUCGGCAUGCUAUCACGAAAAUCCUGACCAGGAAGCGGUGACCAGGCAUUUUCGCGGUUCAACGGGUACACUAGGUCUUUGAUAGGCCAAAACUUAGGAACUUUGUAAUAGCAUAGAAGGAUGCAUCCGAAACGACGGCUUCUCAAAGCAUGGAGUUGGUGAGCAAAGGAUUAGAGAGCAUUUAAUGUGUAUUGAUCAGACAUUGGAUUACUAGGAAGCAUUUCGCAGGCUGCGUCUGCGUUCUUCUAUUCAUCUAAUCUACAUUCUUUGCA